AAUUUAUGUUGUGGUUUGGUUUCGUUAGUUGCAUUAUUUAGACCAUACUUGUUUUCAAUUCCAUUUAAAACACCUACUAUUAUUGGAUGGAGUGGUGGUGGAUAAUUUUCCCACCAGUUUGUAAUUGGUUUUAAAUAACAACUAUAUAGGUUUUCCAUUGUCUAAAAUAUACGUGGAAAUGCAUUGAAGGCACCGCUUGAUAACAAAAGCUUAAUUAAAUUUAGAUUACUAAUCUUAUGUUAACAAUCAAUGUCUUUAAUCAAAAAAACACGAAAUGAUGCAGUUAAGGCUGCAGUCACUUCCUACUUAGAACGUCGCAAUUAUCCUGACGUUAAUAUUUUUAAUAGCAACAACUCUUUAAGCAGAAGUGCUGAACAAAUGGCUGUCGCUACCAUCGUUCAAUGUGAAGCGAGUCGCACUAAUUCUAUUCUAUUUUCAUGUAUAAACAACGACCCAGCACAGUAUGACGCUCAGUAUACCAAGUUGGCUAAUUUCAUCAAAGAUCUAAAAGUAGAGAAAGUUAAAAAUGAAUUAUUAGGUUUAUUAAGCCCUUUAUUAUGUCAUCUAUACUUGGAGAUGCUGAGAGGUGGUCAUGGUGGCCAAGCACAGAUGUUUCUCAAAAGACAUUCAACAACAUUACCCCAAAAAGACAUGUCUUAUCAUCAGCCUAUCGAUGGGAAUUUACCUUCAGCUUUAUAUCGGCCAAAUAGUUUGGAGCAACUCUUUAACUCUCUACAAAAUGGCACAAUAGACAAUGAAACACCUGAAAAAGAUUACUUGAAUCAAAUACUGGAUGACAUUGGCUCAAUAUAUACUUUACAAGAAGUUGAAACUAGACCAUCUAUAGCUGCAUUUAGGUCCUGUAAAUAUGAUAUCUAUUUAUCUCAAGAUGCUCUGAAUAUACUUAAGGCAUAUCUUGCUAAGCACAGUCAUGUGUUGUUAAUUCAAGUUUUGCAGACUUGGUUUCACAUUGAUAUCAACAAUGAUACUAACAAGAAAAGUUCAGAUGAUGAAGAUCAAAUAGAUGAUGAUAAAUGUGCACCUAAGAUGACCACUGAACAUAAAACCAUGGACAUAAACGAUAUAUUCUCAAAAUGUAAUGGCCAUGCUGACUACCAAAGUGUUGAUAAAGAAUUAAAAGAUUUACAAGAUGCAAUUAAAGGGGUGAGGGAAUCUAUGGCACCUUUAAAAUUAUACAAAAUAGCAGCUCCAGAUACACACUUGGUUUGCGCCAAAACAGAUUCAUAUUGCAAUUUGCUGUGUGGAGGAUUUAGUAACUCUGAAAUAAGAUUAUGGGACUUGGGUCAAAACAACGUAAAACGUCGAAUGAAUCGUAAUAUAUCUGAAGUGGAAUUAGCAUGCAACAUGCCUCCAGAGCCACCACCUGAAGACAACACAUUACAAGUAGGUGCGGGAUUGCCAUUGAGAGGUCACACAGGACCUAUACAAGCAGUUAGUGUUCUUGCCCAGGAACAGUUAGUUCUAUCAGCUUCACAUGAUAGUACAAUGAGAGCGUGGCGAUUAUAUGAUUAUUCAUGUGCUUCCAUAUACAGAGGUCACAAUUAUCCUAUAUGGUGUAUGGAUGUGUCAAAAAAUGGACUUUUCAUUGUAACUGGAUCUCAUGACAGGACUGCAAAGCUUUGGUCCUUAGAUAGAACCUUUCCUGUAAGGGUAUUUGUGGGGCACAUGUCUGAUGUCACUUGUGUGAAAUUCCACCCUAAUGAGGCGUACAUAGCGACUGGCGGUGCCGAUCGCAGUGUAAGGUUGUGGAGCGUAUGUGACGCGCGGUUAGUGAGAGUGCUCUGCGGUCAUCGUGGAAUUGUUCGAACACUAGCUUUUGCACCAUCUGGCGAUUAUUUAGCCAGUGCAGGUGAUGACAAAAAGAUAAAAGUGUGGGACUUGGCAGCUUGCACAUGUGUUCAUGAGCAUCGUGGACACCACGGAAAGGUGACGGCACUGGACUGGUCUGCAGUGGGGAAAGCUAGUUUGACUAAUAGAAUUCGAUCCGACCCAAGUGAUUUAUCAAUAGAAAAUUCUCUUUUAUGCUCAGCGGGCAUGGACGGUAUAGUAAAAGUUUUGUGGGACAAUCAAGCCAAAAACAAGCAAGUAUCAAGUCAAGAUGUGCAGUCUUCAACUUAUAAUACAAAAUGCUCAUACUUAGUGGAUGUACAAGUUCAUCCUGACUGGGUUGUGGCCAUUGGAACUAAAAGAUAAACAGAAUAAUCCAUAUCUAACAUUUUGAAUAACUUUUUAUCUGCAGUAAGCGCUUGGCCCCGGACUUUAUUAUAUCUUAUGGAUAAGAUGAAAGUCUAUAUAAUCAGAUUUGUUAACUUUAUUUCAUAAAUAAAAUUCAAAUUACAU